CGACCGCACUACCAUGGCCAUCUUCUCCUACAUCCUGUCGGGCCUUACGUCCUACGCCGCCCUCACGCUGGGCCUCUUUGGCCUCUCUAUAAAGGUGCCCCGCGCAGGCUUCUUCGCCCGCUGUCUCGCCGCAUAUGCCUCCCUCGUCUUCUGCGCCGCCUACGGCGUCCUCGCCUCGAUAUGCCUGCGUCUAGCUGGCUACGGCCAGAUCUCGCAGUGGACAGUCGCCAGAGCAUUCAAGUGGUCCAUGUGGCUGGCCACCGGCGUGCACUUCGACGUCAUACAGGGCCAGCAAUACCUCUCUACCAGGCCCGCGGUCUUUCUCGCAAACCACCAGACGGAGCUGGACGUGCUGCUUCUCGGUGCCGUGCUGCCUCAGUACUCUGCCGUGACGGCAAAGAGGUCUCUUUCCCGCGUACCGCUGCUAGGAUGGUUCAUGACGCUUUCGGGGACGGUGUUUAUCGAUCGUGCGAACAGGGAGACUGCCUUCAAGGCGUUUGAUAAUGCGGCCAACUUGAUGAAGACGAAGGGACAAAGUGUUAUUAUUUUCCCUGAGGGCACAAGGAGUUAUGCGCGGGAGCCGACAAUGCUGCCGUUUAAGAAGGGAGCGUUCCAUUUAGCUGUUAAGGCAGAGGCGGAUAUCGUGCCUAUCGUGGCGGAGAAUUACUCGCAUGUUCUCGAUGUGAAGAAGAUGCGGUUUACUUCAGGAGCUAUCAAGGUCAAGGUGCUUCCUCCAAUUAGCACCAAGGGCCUUACAGCUGCCGACGUUGACUCCUUGACCCAAAGCACAAGGCAGUCCAUGCUGGAUUCCAUGGUCGAGAUGGACAGGAUGAGAAAGGUCAAAGAUAUCACUAGCACACAGGUCGCCAUGGAGGCAUCUCGGGCAAGCCGCUCCACCGCCGUUGAGAUAUAG